AUGGCUCCCGCAAAGUUGGAACAAGAGAAUCACCAGCGCGAUGCUGACUUCAACAAGGCUAUGCACGGCAAGUCGUCGCAAAACACUGGUGGUUGGGCGGCCAUGCGAGCCAAAGACACCAAGGCGCAGCAAGUCGCUGUGGACGAAUAUUUCAAGCACUGGGACAACAAGGGUGCUGCUGAAGAGACGGAGGCUACCCGUGAGGCCCGAAGGGCUGAAUAUGCUACCUUGACUCGCCAUUACUACAACCUCGCAACCGAUUUGUACGAAUAUGGAUGGGGCACCUCCUUCCACUUCUGCCGCUUCGCAUACGGCGAACCCUUCCGUCAAGCCAUUGCCCGUCACGAACACUACCUCGCUCACUCCAUGGGCCUCAAGGAAGGCAUGAAAGUGCUCGACGUCGGAUGUGGUGUCGGUGGACCCGCUCGCGAAAUUGUCAAAUUCGCCGGCGUUAACGUCGUCGGCUUCAACAAUAACGACUACCAAAUCCAGCGUGCUACCCGAUACGCCGAGCGCGAGGGUCUCUCCGACAAACUCACAUUCCAAAAGGGCGACUUUAUGCAAAUGCCCUUCCCAGACAACAGUUUUGAUGCCGUCUACGCUAUCGAAGCAACCGUGCACGCCCCCAGCUUAGAGGGUGUCUACAGCGAAAUCCGCCGUGUUUUGAAGCCCGGCGGUGUCUUUGGUGUUUAUGAGUGGUUGAUGACCGACGAAUACGACAACGAUAACCAAGAACAUCGUGAAAUUAGACUGGGUAUUGAGCUAGGCGACGGUAUCUCCAACAUGGUCAAAAUCUCCGAAGGUCUGGACGCUUUCAAGGCCGCUGGAUUUGAGCUGCUGCAUAAUGAGGAUUUGGCAGAUCGUCCCGAUCCCAUUCCCUGGUAUUACCCUCUUGCGGGUGAAUUUAAGCAUAUGCAGACUGCGUGGGAUUUCCUGACUGUGUUGCGUAUGACUCGUAUCGGUCGUGGAUUCAUGCACCGAUUCAUGGGCGCCAUGGAGAAAAUCUGGCUCAUGCCUCGGGGUACCCAAAAGACAGCCGACAGUCUUGCUAUUGCAGCUGACUGUCUGGUUGCCGGUGGUGAGAAGAAGCUUUUCACACCCAUGUACCUCAUGGUCGGACGUAAACCCGAGUAA